AUGGUGCACCCACAGAAGCGCCAACUCGUCAACAAAUGUAUCGAAGGCGUCACCGGGAGGAUCAUAGAGCUGCGGCACGAACUGUUUCGCAUUAACAUGAGCGAGUACGCCCCGUUCGGUCCCUUCUGUGUGGAGCAGCAGAUACUGCCCUCUGACCUGGAUAUGGAACUUUCCAGAACGUUCCGGUACGAUAAAGUGCAGAGAUUACAGCGGAGAGCGGAUUUGCUGGAUUACAUUUUAGUCUCCAUGGGCAAAUCCGACGAUGUGGACUCGAUGUCCGUCUCCACACAGAUGAACCCGGACUUCAAGAUCCAAGAGCCGUCCACAGCCUACAACAGCCAACAGCCUACACGGCCUCCGUCUGUCAGUGACCAAAUUCAAAUGAAGCGGAAAAACGUCAACUGGAGGAAAGUGCUAUCCCAGUUCAAGAUCUUCCAGAACCGGUUGGUCCUGGUCAACAUGAGAUCCUACACAGACGGGUUCCUCAACAUGGCCUUUCGGGGAAAGUAUCCCCAGGAGCUGGAACAGGCCGAACAGCAAGUGGUCCUCCAAAGGAUCCAGACGGCCCAGGAGCAUGCAGACGAGUACGUGCAGCGAGUGAUUCUGGAGACAGAGACCCUUCAGGACAGUGAUGCAGCCAGGAACCUAGCGGAAGACAUCCAACGGAACAUCUUACAGUGGAUGCUGGAGUGCCGUGCGGUUACCGGCACCUUCCCAGAGUACCCUGCUGUAGACCUUGGUGGCGCAGCAGCCAUAUUUUCCCACAAAACUCUGGAGGAGGUCGCCGAUGAACUAGAUUUCGGUGUCGACGAGAAGGCCAGAGCUAAAGCCAAAGGAAAAGCCAAAGAAAGAAAGCCUGGUAAAAAAGAGCUUCCCGAGGGCUUCACCAUGAGGACUUCAAACUUCUUAGAUGACGUCCUCGUGGAUGUUAGCAUCGAGUACGACGCCUACUGGAAGUUUCGAGACGAGAGCAGCAACUUCAAGCAGGACUUCUCCCUGAACCUGCUCACACAGCGGGUCCAUGAAAACCUCGAGGACAUCCUUCGAGAGCAGAUUGACGAAGAGAUGAGACAGCAGCUGGACAUCCUAACUAUGGCCGUAGAAAAGACCAGAAUGGCCAAAGCGAAACCAAAGAAAGUUAAACCAGAGAAGAAGAAAAAGAAGGACAAAAGGAAACGGCUGAAAGAUUUAACCCCGAAUGUAGAAAUGGAGGAUCUCUUCUCAGAGUUGGUCAGAAAUGACGUCAUCAAGAGAGUCCGGCCCUUGACCCUCAACGAUUUCAUAGGAGAUGUGAACUUGGUCGCUGAGGGCGACAGCGCCAGACUCCAAUGUCAACCAGACUUAGGAGAUAUCAGAAAAAUGAUAUUUGACUUCGUGAUCCUGCCCAUGAGCAACGGGACGGUGCGGGAGCGAGUGCCGUGCUGCAAGUCCCUGCUAAUCGUAGGUCCCCAUGGAUGUGGUAAGAAGAUGCUUGUCCAUGCUAUCUGCAACGAGCUGGGCGCCAACCUGUUUGACCUGACGGCCCACAAUAUCCGGGAUGCGUACACUGAUCGGGACGGUCCGCAGAUGUUGAUGCAUCUUGUGAUGAAGGUUGGAAAGGCACUGGAACCUUCAGUUAUCUUCAUCGACGACUGCGAAUUGAUGUUCACCAAAAAACUGCCGCCAGAAGUCAAGAGUAGCCCAGCCAGAAUCAAGAGCAGCCUGGUCAAAGCCAUGAAGACCGUGGGGCUGGACGAUCGCAUCAUGCUGAUUGGCACCACCAGCAGACCCUACCUCGCCGCUAAAGGCCCGCUUCUGAAGAUGUACGAGAGGGUUGUCUUCAUCUACCCGCCCGCCUACGCCAGCCGCUACACACUUUGGCGCUCGGCCAUCCGACUGUACGAGGGCGUGGUCACACGGUCGUUGAUGCUAAGUACCUUAGCUCAGAUUUCCAGCAAUUUCACCGCCAACGACAUUUUCAACACGGCCAGGCAGGUAUUGACGGCCAAACGACUGAAGCGACAGAACAUCAAGCCCCUGCACACGAUUGAGUUCGGAGACGUGCUCUCGGAGUCAACGCCCAUCUACGUGGAGGAGCUUGACGCCCUGGUCACCUGGCUGAAGGAGACGCCGCUGUCUAAGAAGAGAGAGGAGGUCAGAGCUCUAGAGGCAGCCGGAAUCAAUAUCUUCGACAUGUUAUAG